AUGAUCAUGUCAAGUAAUACCGCUAAGGCUCUCACUCUGGGUGAAUGGAUCUCACCUGCGUCCCAGACAUGCCUUUACCACAAGCACGCUCCGCUAUCACUAUAUCCGCUCGACCCGCCUGCUUCUUAUCACUACUUCCGCUACCCAACUCAACUCCUCGUUGUCUACACCCACUCCAGCGAAAUGGACGUGCAUGGUGGUGCUGGGCCCGGCUAUGCGCCCGAGGCCUCUGAAUACCCUGCCUCCUUUGUACGAGGUGAACCGCACAUGCAUCAGCAGUACAUGGAGCCAUAUGGCGGGCCCGCUUUUGCACAUGACUAUCAGCAACCUCGCGACGGCCAUGGCUUCGUCCCGCAGCCCAGUCCGUCAGCUGAAGUGCAAGGCUUUCAGCACCCUCCUAACGGGUCUGAAUUCGCCCCGCAAUUCGAUCCAUCAGCCGAAGGACCCAUCAUCAAAGCACCUCUCACUUUGGAGCCACCUGCGCUGCAGGUGCCUCUACACCUCCAAGACCUAUGUGCCCGAUACGUUGCCAGCUACGACAACGAAUCCAUUCCGAACGCGGACCGUAUGCGAGCUGCCCAAGACCUAGCUCUCGCUUUACUGGAGUAUUACUACCCUGCAUGCGCCGGCUAUGUCGUCCAACCAAGUUCUCUAGGCCCCGUCGCAAAACACGGCCUGAACUUCAUGCUCAAAGCUGCCGACGGCUCAGACCCCGACUUCACCGCCCUACCACCCAAGAAGGGCUCCAAGAAAGGCAAGACAAAGAAGCCAAGCAAGAAGCAGUUGGCAGAGCAGAUUGAGAAGGAAGCUCUCAGACAAUUCGGUCACUAUUGGUCUUUCACUACGUCUGUCAUAUGGCACAUGAUUAAGACAGAAGACAUUGCUGGAUUCGAGGUUUUGAAGAAGAUUCCCAGCGCCGAUGGAUCUGCCGACGAGUAUCGCCCGUACACCUACCUCGCAAUCAUGAUCGACAAUCUCCAGACCUUUCCACAGUUUGCCGGAACCAACGACGUUCACCGUGGUGAUGUCUUGACUGAUGUGCUUUGUCGCAGCCAGCACAUUCUCGAGGGUCAUGGCAUUUUGCUCUUCGGCACGCGUCUCGAGUUCUACGAUUUCUACAACGGGGCUGGCUUCGAUCCUGAAGCUGUUGAAGCUGGGCUCGGUGUUGAAGAGCCGUCAGUUAUGCUUGGCGAGGGUGCGAACCACAUGGACUUGGCGGUGGACUUGCGUGCGACGGGCUUGCAGACCGUGGAUCUAAUGUUCAAGGAAGCAACGGCAAGCAAGGUCAUUUAUCUCGACAAGAGCGUCGAUGAUGAUGUCCAUGAUGGCGCUGACGGAGAGCUUGAUGCAGAUGGCGAAUACGAGGUCGCACUGAACAGCAUGGUUGGCGAGUAA